AUGAGGACAUACAAUGAAGUGAGGGUCUACCAGAGCGAUGGGCCGGGGGGCGGCGUGGUCAAGGCGUGUGUUGUGGUGUUCGACGACACACUGGAUGUCGAACUACACACACGCCUCAGCAACAACAACAUUGUUGUGGCCACCCUCCGAACCAAAGCCUGGGAGAUGAUUACACCCCAACUUUCGAUACCGUCAGAGGGGGCGAAAAGGUACAGUUACGUGGAUGUGACAGCGUGCUCCAACGAUCUGCUGGACCGAGUGGGCGACUGGAAGGUGGAGGAGAGUCUGACGAGCUCUGACCACAACGGCAUAUCAUUCGGCAUCACACAACAGAAAUCCACAGGCACGAACAUAAUACGUACCACACGCAUAUUUAACACACAGAAGGCAAACUGGACUCAGUUUCGUGUGAAACUGACCCAGCUGAUGUCAGACAGACAAUUGACUCUACAAGCGAUGGACUCAAUACACAGCACACAACAAAUAGAUGUAGCAAUAGACAGAUACACGGAAGUCAUAACACAGACAUGCAGAGACACUAUGCCGACCAAAAAACACACACAAAAAUUCACCUUGUCGUGGUGGAAUGAUGAGCUCGCGCAGAUGAAGAAGGAAGUCGCUACGCCUGAUCGCAGAAACCGCGUGGUUGGACUUUACCUGGAAGCGAAAGAGAAGUAUGAAAAGGCAGUGAAAGAGGCUCAAGUAGCGAGCUGGAAGGAGUUUUGCCGAAAACAGGAUAGGGAGGGGGUCUGGGAGGGCAUCUACAGGGUGCUGAACAGAGUUGGAGGGAGGGAGGAAGAUCUGCCCCUAACAAGGGGCGGCGAGACUCGACGCCCGAAGCUCCGCAGAAUUGUUGGCGGAGACCUUCUACCCCGCGGACCUGGAAAGUGA